UCGAGCACGACGAAUGCGAAUUGGGAGUUGCCAAACAGAAUGUUUGUUUUAGUUUAUUUGUUGAUCGCGAUCUCGUCGCUUUUGGCUUACCUGUUCCACCGAAACAUCAACUACUGGAAGCGCCGGGGAAUAGCCCACGAUGCACCGCAUCCCUUGUAUGGCAACAUGGUCGGGUUCCGGAAGGAUCGGGUGAUGCACGACUUCUUCUAUGACUACUACAACAAGUAUCGGAAGAGCGGCAACCCCUUCGUGGGCUUCUACUUUCUGCACCAACCGGCUGCCUUCAUUAUGGAUCCUAAGUUGGCCAAGAAUAUCUUGAUCAAGGACUUCUCCAACUUCGCCGACCGCGGCCAGUUCCAUAAUGGGCGUGAUGAUCCGCUUACCCAGCAUCUGUUUAACCUGGACGGCAAGAAGUGGAAGGAUAUGCGCCAGCGGUUGUCCCCCACAUUUACCUCCGGCAAAAUGAAGUACAUGUUCCCGACGGUGAUCAAAGUAUCCGAGGAGUUCGUGAAGGUGAUGACGGAGCAGGUGCCGGCCACGCAGAAUGGUGCUGUUCUGGAGAUUAAGGAUCUGAUGGCCAGGUUCACCACCGACGUGAUCGGCUCCUGUGCCUUUGGCAUAGAGUGCAAUACACUGCGCAACCCCAUCAGUGAUUUCCGCACCAUGGGACAGAAGGUGUUCAACGAACUGCGUCAUGGAAAUCUGCUCACCAUGUUCAUGUUCAGUUUUCCCAAUCUUGCCAGGAAGCUGAGAAUGCGCAUGAUGCCCGAGGACGUCCAUCAGUUCUUCAUGCGCCUUGUGAACGACACGAUUGCCAUUAGGGAAAAGGAGAACUUCAAAAGGAACGACUUCAUGAAUCUGCUGAUCGAGCUGAAGCAGAAGGGCAGUGUCACGAUGGAGAACGGUGAGGUGAUCGAAGGAAUGAACAUCGGUGAGCUGGCUGCCCAAGUGUUUGUCUUCUAUGUGGCCGGAUUCGAGACCUCCUCUUCGACCAUGAGCUAUUGCCUUUACGAGUUGGCCCAGAACCAGGGCAUCCAAGACAAACUGAGGAGCGAAAUCCAAACGCUGUUGGAGGAGCAUGAGGGUCAGCUAACCUAUGAGUCCAUCAAAGCCAUGCGUUACUUGGACCAGGUUAUCUCAGAGACUCUAAGGCUAUACACACUGGUUCCCCAUCUCGAACGGAGGGCCCUCAACGACUAUGUGGUGCCGGGUAAUCCAAAGUUCGUUAUUGAGAAGGGCACUCAAAUACUGAUUCCUGCCUGUGCCUACCACCGUGACGAGGAUCUGUAUCCGGAUCCGGAAACAUUCGAUCCGGACCGCUUCUCGCAAGAGAAAGUGGCCGCCCGUGACUCCGUGGAAUGGCUGCCCUUCGGCGAAGGACCAAGAAAUUGCAUCGGAAUGCGAUUUGGCCAGAUGCAAGUGCGCAUUGGCCUGGCCCAGAUCAUCAGCCGGUUUAAGCUGUCUGUUUGCGACAAGACAAGUUUUCCACUCGAGUACACCCCCAUGUCGAUUGUCUUGGGCACGGUUGGGGGCAUCUACUUGCGGCUGGAGAGGAUCUAAAUUGAUCACGAGUGAUAUUACAAUUAGGUUUAGAUUUUGUUUAUAGAAGACAUAGAACCACAUUUGCAUCUUGUCUAUGACUGAACUCCGCCAUUUGUUAAAUACAUUAUAUAUGUUAAUCUAAAUCAAGAUUCGAGUUAAUUACCUUUUACCAAAAAUUAACAAUGAAUAAUAUUUCGCCCGUUCACUCAA